UCGGUCAUUGACUGAAAAAUAUAAUAUAAUUUAAACAUUUUUUUUGUAAUAUAAUUUUUCUUUUAACUUUAAUAAUAGAUAUUUAUACACUAAGUGAGUUAAAUAAAUGUUUAUUCAAGAGAAGAAAGUUUAGCUCAACAGCGCGUAGCGCGAGUGAGCUAAUUCUUUAAGUGAAUAAACAUUCAUUUAACUCACGUAGUUUAUACGAUAUUUUAUUCAAUUUUGCGAGACUCAGCUUCAAUUUACGGAUUAUUACGAAUUUAUGCAAAAUACGACAACAAAAAUCAAGUCUGUGACAGUCGUGGUUGGUACGUUGUUGUGGCAACACCUCCCUAGCAACCAUUUUGGUAUAAACAAUUAUUUUAAUGUGUCCAAGUCAGAAAUAUGCGACGAUAACGAUAUUUUUGUUCCGGAAGAUGUAAUGAACGAAGCAGUAGGCAAAGUAGUACCAGUAAAAUCCAAAAUAUUAUGUGAAAAAGAGUAUAAUUGUUUUUGUAAUUGGAGAAAUAAAAAGAACGCCCGAGGAGUCGACGAGAAGAUAAUAUUGGCGUAUAUUUCGGAGCGAUCAAAAACUGUAAAAUCGUCUUCAUUGUGGUCAUACCAUUCACAGCUGAAGAAAAUGUUAUUGGUUAAGGAAAAUGUUGAUAUAAACAGAUUCCAUAAAGUAAAAGCAUUUUUGAAGCAGCAUUCUGUAGGACACAGGGCAAAGAAGUCGAAGGUUUUUACACGGGAAGAACUUGAAAGGUUUCUGGAUACUGCUCCUGACGAUAAAUUUUUGCUGUUAAAACCACACUUCUUGCUGACGCUGGCGUUGACUUGACUGUAUUAAAGAGACACGGCGAAUGGCGC